AUGUCCAAUUCGGAUGGUGAUGACGGAUGUGAAAUUGUGGCUGUUGUAGCAGGUCCAUCAACGAGUUCUUCCGACGAUCCCUCAACAUCAAAUCUCUCUUCAAAAGAAACCCCUCGACCGCGACGAAUCUACGAGUUCAUCAUUCGAUGCUGCAUUCGCCUCGAGGCGCUCAACCGAACCGCGUGCACGUCGAUUCUUUUGAUGAAACGGCUGUACGAGCGGCAAAUUGUGAAAUGUAUCUGCAACUAUUCUCUAGCCACUGCGUGUAUUCUGAUUGCCUCGAAAAGCGAAGAGGAUUCGGCUGUUCGGAUACGAGAUGUCGUCAAUUGUGCUCAUCGAAUUUUGAAUCCAGAUGAGCCGGCAAUGGAAGUGGAUGACACGUUUUGGACACAGAGACGAUCACUUGGACGAUUGGAAUUUGUCGUUUUACGCGAGCUUUCUUUUGAGACAUACUUCGAACAUCCGCAUCAGUUGUUGUCAAUCUAUCUCGAUACACUCGUUUCGUGGAUGCCCCAGGAAUUCGAAAAAUUUCCGAUAAAAGAUGAGGUUUUCUCCGUGCUUCGCGAUUGUUAUGUGAUUCCCGAGUUUGUGCUAGAGCACUCAAAAGAAAGUGUCGCGCUUGCAGUUCUUUCUCUGGUCCUAAAGGGGCACAACAUCACGGUGCCAAGUUGUAGAGACUUUUACACGAUUUUCUCAAAGCAUAUGACCGAGAAGAAGUUGCGUUUGCUAGAAGAGGAAAUACUACAAGAUGUCUAUUAUCAACGACUUAAA